AUGGCGAAGUCACAGUCUCUUAGGGAUCGGCAGAUUGCAUCGAUUGAGAGGAUUCUCAAUUUGAAUUCGCAGAGCCCAGAAAGUAAAGCCAACCACGAAGCCCAUACAAACGGCCUCAUACCACAGUCAACCGCCAUCCUCAACGAAGAUGGAGAGCCGAUCUGGAAGGUGCUGGUUUUUGAUAACCUUGGUCGAGAUAUCAUUAGCAGCGUGCUACGCGUCAAUGACCUGCGGUCACGGGGUGUGACGAUACAUCUGAACAUCAACUCGCCUCGAUACCCAAUACCUGAUGUCCCUGUCCUGUAUCUUGUCGAGCCUACAGCUGUCAACAUUCAGCUAAUAUGCUCCGACCUUGCCCGUGAACUCUACUCUCCUGCCUACGUCAACUUUCUCACCUCCAUCCCUCGCCCUUUGCUCGAAGAUUUUGCUGCUCAAAUAGCUGCCACAAAUACUGCAGAGAGCAUAGCACAAGUUUACGAUCAAUACCUCAAUUUCAUCGUUGCGGAGCCAGAUCUGUUCAGUCUGGGCAUGGGCAAGGAAGCCUACUGGACCCUGAACAGCGCAAAGGCGACAGAUGCAGAUGUGGACUCAUCCAUUGAUAGAAUUGUCAGCGGGCUUUUCAGUGUCAGUGUGACCAUGGGCUCAAUCCCCAUUAUCAGAUGUCCACAGGGCGGAGCAGCGCAGGACAUUGCAGCCAAGCUUGAUCGUAAACUUCGAGACCAUGUUUUGAACUCGAAAGACAAUCUCUUCUCGAGUGCGAAUCAAGCUCAAGGGACUGUUACUUAUGUUCCUUCUUCCCGUCCAGUGCUUAUAAUAGUGGAUCGGAAAGUUGACCUUAUACCAAUGCUGUCACAUUCGUGGACCUAUCAAUCCCUUGUGCAUGACGUGCUGAUGAUGCACCUGAAUCGAAUCACGGUUCCUGUAUCUGAAGAUGCAAGUACCACCCCCAAGACUCGAGCCUACGACCUUAACGCGGGUGACUUUUUCUGGGCACGCAAUGCCAGCGUUCCUUUUCCCCAGGUAGCCGAGGAUAUUGAUUCAGAGCUCACCCGCUACAAGACCGACGCUGAUGACAUCACCAGAAAGACAGGUGUCUCCAGUAUCGAAGAUCUGAACGACAACUCCUCCUCAGCCGCUCACCUCAAAGCAGCCAUCACCCUCCUUCCCGAGCUUCGUGAACGAAAGGCGAUAUUGGACAUGCACAUGAACAUUGCGACCGCACUGCUCAAAGGCAUCAAAGAUCGUCAACUCGACAAUUUCUUCCAGCUGGAAGAGAACAUUACAAAGCAAACCGCCCAGCAGAUUUUACAACUCAUAACAGCAGAAGACAAGGGCAACGACCCUUUAGACAAACUCCGCAUCUUCAUCAUUUGGUAUCUGAGCACCGAAUCCGAGCCUUCCAAAGCCGAAAUGAACCGCUUCGAAUCCGCACUGACAACCGCCGGUUGCGGUGACACUAUUCCCGCACUCAAAUACAUCCAACGAGUGCGCUUAGAAACCAAAAUGACCAUGAUGACCACCGCGCCAACCUCGCAACAAUCCUCCUCCGCCGCAACUCAACAGCCUCUCUUCGGUGGCCUAACCAGCCUCUCUAAGAACUUUACCGAUCGCCUCUCCUCUACCGCCUUCGGUAAUGUAAACCUCGACGCACUCGUUUCGGGAGUCAAGAACUUUCUCCCCGCGAACCGCGACUUAACGCUGACGAAAAUUUUGGAAUCGAUCAUGGACCCUACGGCCGCUUCAUCGUCCGCCAUAGCCAAGACGGAGAAUUAUCUGUACUUUGACCCGAGGAAUGCGCAUGCCAGGGGGACGACGGGCGGGCCGGGAGUAGCCUCCGCUCGAGGGGGAGGGGCAACGAUGCCAGGUGGCCUUGGGAGUGCGGGACCCGGAACCGGGGCCAGUUUCGGACAGCGGAGACAGGGCUUCAAUGAAGCGAUUGUGUUUACUGUUGGCGGCGGGAGCAUGGAUGAGUAUGGGAACCUGCAAGAGUGGGUCAAGAGGACCAGCAUAUCAGGUGGAGGGGGUGUUGGUGCUGCGGGUUCUGGAGGAGCGAGGAACAGACGCGUGGUGUAUGGGAGCACAGAGAUGGUCAAUGCGAGGGAGUUCUUAGAGGAGUUGAAGAAGUUGGGCAUGGAGGAUUGA